AUGUGCAUGAAAGCAACGUGCACCACCUGCCAAAAGGCAACCUGGUGGGGCUGCGGCAGCCACAUCCCGUCCGUCAUGGACGCCAUUCCUGCGGCGGAGCGGUGUACUUGCGAGCCCAAGGUCAAGGUGGACGGCAAGGAGUACCCGCCCAAGGGAGCGGCUGCGAGUUGA